AUGACUCUUAACUCCUUCCCGGCUGACCGGAUCGGCAGACAAUCGAAGCUUUCACCCUCUCAGCUUGAAGAGCUGCAGAAAGCAACCCAUUUCGACAAGAAGGAGUUGCAGCAAUGGUAUAAGGGUUUUCUCAAAGAUUGUCCGUCAGGGACAUUGACCAAAGAGGAGUUUCAGAAAAUCUACCGACAGUUCUUUCCUUUCGGCGAUCCUUCCUCCUUUGCCAACUAUGUAUUCCGCGUAUUCGAUUCUGACAAUAGUGGCAUGAUCGACUUCAAGGAAUUCAUCUGCGCCCUGUCGGUGACUUCGCGGGGUAAGAUGGAAGACAAACUAGAUUGGGCCUUUCAAUUGUACGAUAUUGAUGGGGAUGGAAAAAUUACAUAUGACGAGAUGUUGGCCAUUGUGGAGGCCAUAUACAAAAUGGUGGGAUCAAUGGUGAAGUUACCGGAGGACGAGGACACGCCAGAGAAACGAGUUCGAAAGAUCUUUCGGAUGAUGGAUAAAGACGAGAAUGGGAGCUUGGAUAUCGAGGAAUUCAAGGAGGGCAGCAAGCGCGACGAGACUAUCGUCAGUGCCCUGUCGCUUUACGAUGGUCUCGUAUAG